CGCUGUGUGGUAAUGUCCGCCAUGUUUGCAAUGGCGCAGGGAGCGGAUCUACCGAGCAAAAAGAGGCUUUAAAUACAAUAAAACUCAUCUGAAAACGGCUUCCCAUACAGGAUUCAGAGCCAAAGUGAGCCCAUGAGUCCCCCAGUGGUGGAACGAACCGGGUCCCUAUUGGUUUUCAACCGAGUUUUUGAGUGAAUUUCGGAGGAUACAUGUUUCCUUCACAUUUUGUGUUGUUGUGAUCGGAGACAAUGAGUAAACUCUCGUUCCGAGCGCGGGCGCUAGACGCCGCCAAACCUCUCCCUAUCUACCGCAGCAAAGACCUCCCGGACCUCACUGACUGCGUCUCUAUCAACCGGGCAGUGCCGCAGAUGCCGACGGGGAUGGAAAAAGAAGAGGAAUCGGAACACCAUUUACAACGAGCCAUUUCAGCACAGCAGGUUUUCAGGGAGAAGAAAGAAAGCAUGGUUAUCCCAGUUCCAGAGGCAGAGAGUAACAUCACCUACUACGAUCGCCUCUACAAAGGAGAGUUUAAAGUCCCUAAACAGUACAUUCAUAUUCAGCCAUUCAGUCUCGAUAAUGAGCAACCAGAUUAUGAUAUGGACUCUGAAGAUGAGACAUUACUCAACAGGCUAAACAGGAAGAUGGAAAUUAAACCAGUUCAGUUUGAAACAAUGAUAGACAGGCUGGAGAAAGCCAGUUCAAACCAGCUUGUAACUAUUCAAGAAGCAAAACUGCUACUAAAUGAGGAUGAUUAUCUUCUGAAGUCUGUAUAUGACUACUGGGUGAGAAAAAGAAAGAACUGCAGAGGGCCCUCUCUCAUUCCCCAAAUUAAACAGGAGAAGAGAGAUGGAUCGACCAACAGUGACCCCUAUGUGGCCUUUCGAAGGAGAACAGAGAAGAUGCAGACAAGAAAAAAUCGGAAAAAUGAUGAAGCUUCUUAUGAGAAGAUGUUAAAAUUAAGGCGGGAGUUCAGUAGGACAGUAACCAUUCUAGAAAUGAUAAAAAGACGAGAAAAGUCUAAACGGGAAUUGCUUCAUCUUACAUUGGAGGUUGUGGAGAAAAGAUAUCAGUUGGGUGACUUUGGUGGUGAAAUUCUGAAUGAGGUGAAGAUUCCUCGACCAGAGAAAUCUAUCUACAGCACUCCUAUAUCUCUUCAUAACGGAAAGCACCACAAAGUUCUAGAAUUUAAAAUUAAGCAUCCCCACCACAUCUCAGUUAAGGAGGACGGUCAUGAUUUUGUCAGACCAAAGAAGAAAUACCUGAAGAAAACUAAACUGGACAUUUCAUACCAACAGCCUCACACUGAGCCACUACCUGCGAUUAAUAAGAGUGACUUAAAACAGUAUGACUUCCAUAGCUCAGAUGAUGAGGAAUGUCUACAGGCUUUAUCACCUACAUCAGAGCCAGAAGAAGAAAAUGACCCAGAUGGUUCUUUUGCUUUCAGAAGGAAAGCUGUGUGCCAAUACCAUGCUCCUCGUUUGGACCAAGCUAACAGUUUCCCCUGGGAGUACCCUGAACUUGCAGGGUUAGAAGAGUUAAAAUACAGGCACUGCCUCACAGCCCUCUCAAUUCCCAGGAGAUGUAUAGGGUUUGCGAGGCGGCGCGUUGGACGAGGAGGCAGGGUAAUUUUGGACCGAGCAUCGUCUGAUCAAGACCACAUUCUUAAGCAGUUGGACCCUGAAAUGUUUAACUCCAUUCCCAGUAGUUCAACCUCAGACUGUUCCACAUGGACCAAUGCUUCCAGAACACAUUCUGGGAAUGCAAUGUCACUUAAGGAAGUUUUAAGCAAUAUUAAAAUGUGCCGGUUGCGGUGUUUUCAGCCACAGUCUACACAAAUUCGGGACAGUGGAGAUGGUUGUAAUUCUAGUAAAUUGGGACAGACUGUGAAUAACAGACAAGUAACCAGAGCGUCUGUUGCACUGUUGAACUCUAGCAGGAAUGGAAUUUCGGUUAUAGGUGGCAUUACAGAAGAGCAGUUUCAGACACAUCAACAGCAGCUGGUUCAGAUGCAGCAACAGCAGCUGGCACAACUCCAACAGAAACAGCAAUCCCAGCAUUCCACACGCCCAGCACAUCCAAACUCGCAGGUAUCUGGCACUUCAGACUGCAUGUCAAAAACUCUGGAUUCAGCAAGUGCCCAUUUUGCUGCAUCAGCUGUAGUCAGUGCCCCAGGUCCAGGACUCAGCGUGUCUAAGGACAACAGAGUUCACAGCAGCAACAUCAAUGGUGUCGUCCAGCCUUCAGGGCAACAACAGCUUUUCUGUGGUGUAGAGAUCAGUACUGCCUAG